GUGUAAAUGACAUCGUGGAGCUGCGAAUGCUGAUGAGAUGAAGCUGCUGAUCUUGUGCUUAUUAACUACCGUCGCGUUUGCCAUGCCUGGGCCAGGACUCCUCAAAAUCCCGAGGGUGUAUAAUGCUGUGAUUACGAGCAAUCAGAAUCUAUCGCCAUCGCGAGCGUUCCCUGUGAUACAACCGGUCAUCCAUCGAACCGCCAUCGGCUACGUGCCGCCAUUCUAUUACACGCAGAUAGCACCUCACUUUGUCGGGCCGGAAGUGGUGCAUUAUCCGUUGCUCGCCAAUGGUAAAGCGGCCAGGAACGAUCAAGCGCAGGCCUCCUCCUCAACGUCGCAUCUAGUCGAGUCGACGAGCUUCGGUGUUGCGAAGGAACGUGAGGAUACGGCUAUCACCGAUCGUGCGAAGGAAAACGAUCGAAAAAAUGGCGAUACGAAGAACUCCGCGAAGAAGAAAGAGCAGGAGCCAUGGAGCUUUUACCCGAACUAUCGUUCCUUUUACUACGAGCCGUAUGUCUAUACGUACAACGGUUUCAAUCCACAUCUCGUACCUGGCACUUACUACAUCGAUUACCGACCUUACGAGUCUGUAGAAUCAAUCCCAUCUACCACGCCGAGGAACGUCGAUUCCGAUCACCUAUUACCAAGCUUCCACGACGAGAAGAGAACCCAUACGAAAAACGUCAGAGAAAAAAUACCAGAUGUACCACCACCACCUCUUCCGACUUCCAUACCGAAGAGAUCUUGA